UUGGAAUAAAAAAAUAUUUGAGUUGUCUUUGCAUUUGUAUGAAGCAAUAUUAUAAAAGUAAUACUAAUUUCCCAUCCAUUAAUAUUGAGGUAAAUUAUACUAUUUAAUAUAAUAAAUAUGUAAAAAUAAAUAUACUAAAUAUGUACUUUACCAAGCCAACCUGUUUUAGCUGCCAUCCUGUAGUAUCACUGUCACCCACUUCCUUAUCAAAUGUUUACAAAAUUAGUACUUGAAAUGUAUGCAUAAAAAUCUUGUACUGUUUUAUGUGUGAUAAUUAUCUUGUAGUCUUGCGUGAUGGACAGGCUACGCAGGGGAGGAGCUUAAUUGAAGGAGGGGCUAUGAAGAGGAGGGGCUUAAAUAUGGGCGGAGCUAUGCAGGGGAGGAGCUACUCAUCGGUGGUGCUGGUCCAGACGUUCAGCUCUCCUCUUAGGUCUUCCAAUGCUUGAUAAUUGAGGAGGUCUCCUGUUUUCUGGACCCUGCUAAUACUCAGUGGUUUUCUCUGAAAAACAGCCGAUGUCUGGAUAUUUGGCCAGAGGCUGGGGCCCCCAGAAGCCCCCACGCUGGUGCCCCCGGUCCCUCCCGGGCUGGUGCCCCCGGGCCCUCCCGGGCUUGUGUCAGGCCCUGCUGGAUGCUCUUGUUCGGAACCUGAAACGUCUCUGCUGCACUCUGACUCCAGGACUCCUCAUCAGUUCUCCAGCAGUUCUAGGGACCAUCCAGAUCCUGGUCGGCCUGGUGACCGCGGGCCUGGGUCCUGGUCGAACCAGCACUCGUCCUGGAGACCUGACCCAGCUGGGAGCCCCCUACUGGCUGGGCGCGGUGUUCCUGGUUGCUGGAAUCCUCUGUAUACUGUCUGGAGACUUUCCUUCCGUCGUACUGGUGGGUUUCACUGUGGCUGUGAACAUAUGUGGAGCCAUCUUGGCCAUCACAGGGAUCGUUCUGUACGCCAUCGAUCUGAGUAACUCCUCUCUCACCUGGAUGUGUCCUUCGCCCACCACCCGCGAACCCUAUGAUGUUCGUCACCAUGGCUACGCUGAUCACCAUCGUGGCGACAGCGCCCUGGAGACGCUGCACGCCCGACUCAACCAGGACCUUCAGGACGAAUGCAUAACUAUGGCGCGCAUUGCUGAGGGUCUGCUCUCUACGAUGGACAUCCUGCUGAUCAUCCUGACAAUCCUCCAACUAUGUGUCAGCCUCAGUACCACAAUUCUGGGGCUCGAGGCUUUGAUACGGCCCAGGGACCAUGACAAGUGUCGUCGGAAUGCUGAGAUGAAAUUUCCCGAGUCGGUCCCUACAAAAUGCAUCACCAUAUAAGUCUCUCUGUGUCUCUCUCCAGAUUUCAAAAUGUCAACGUUAAUAUACCAGACAUAUAUCACUUGAUCAUUUCAGAUUGCACAAAUUAUUAACUAAUUACAUAACUUCAAUUAUUAAAUAGUUAUUCACCAUUUGAAGUCCAAUAACAAUGUCCUGAUGUCAAUGUCUCUGUCUAUAAAUAUUGUAUGUAUGUGUAUCCUUGCAAUUAAUGCACAAUGUCUCUUUGUGUUUCUGCUUAAAAAUGAAAAAUAUAAAUCUUUAUUUCACAUCAAUAUUGAGUAAUAUGUUAUAUUCUGUAAAAUAAGACAUUUGGGUCGUUUCACGUUACCCCACUGGCAGUGGGGACAAGAAACACUAUCGUUUCCUAUCAUGAAUACAUUCCUAUCGGUCUGAUCACGAGGGCUUCGCUGUUUGAGCAUGUUUCAUGGUCAAUGGCUGACUCAUAGUCAAUAUGUCUAUUCAGAUCUCUCUUCGUAUUGAAAAAAAUACAGUAUCAUUCUAGAUAGAUGGUGAAAUAACAAAGUGUUACUCAUUGCUGGUUUCACUAACACUGCUGGGUUUGAUAGUUCGAUAAUGUUAACUAAGUGAUCACAAUACUGUUAGCUAGGUAAUUAGGAUAAUGUCAGUUAUGAUAAAGCAGUUAUGAUGCAAUCAUAUUUAUGAUAAUGUAAGAUAGGUAGUUUUGAUGUGGGCUAGGUCGUAUUGAUAAUGUUAAGUUGGUUAUAAUCACCGGUUAGUGUUAACUAGAUAGCUUGUUAGCUAUUUGAUAAUGAUAAUAUAAGGUUAUAACUGAGUUGACAUGAUAAUGCUAGCUAUAGUCAUGAUAAUGCUAGCAACUAGUUAUGAUAUCUUGUCAGUUAUAGUUAUUAUGGUGAUAAUGAUUUUUGUUAUCUUUGCUCUGCUUAAGAGGGAACCAGACCCGAAAACCACUUUAGUUUGCACUAGAUGCCUCCCUCUCUAGGUUAUGGACGGUGGGGAUCUAAGUGGCUCAUAUACAUAUCAGUAAUGGCCAGCAGAGGACAGUCAUAGGUCCCUGAAAGAAAGAAUGACGAAACAAUCCAAACAUCCAAAGCUUCAAAAACUGCACUACACCAAUGCUUAGGGGAUUCGAUAAACUCACUGACCUACCUUGAAAUAGAUAAGUGUAGUUUCAGUUUCACCGGUUAAUAUUGUUAAAUGGUUAUCAUAUUGUGUUUUGUACGAUAACAUUACAUUAUUUAUGUAAAAAAAAUAUAUAUAUUUAUAUAGAGCCAUAUAUCUCUCUAUCUCUUGUGUCUAUAUUGUAACACUUAGAAACACUUGAUUUGCUAAACCUCAUUUUGUAUGCUUGUAUGUACGAAAAUUAUUCUUGCACUUUUUGAGGUUUAUCUUCAUCUGUUAAUGCACUUACAAAUAGCUUUGCACAAAAGCCGCUGCUAAAUAAAUGUGAGUCAUGGA